UGCUUUUAUUUUUCCUUUCCUUAUUCUUCAUCUCUUCUACCACUUAUUCUAUCAACACCACCCAUAAAUGCUCUGUUCAACAGACCCAGGCUUUGCUUCAUUUUAAACAAAACCUUUCCUCAAUCAAUGAUGCCUUGUUUGAGUAUGACUCCACAUGUAAAUAUUGGCUUGGUUCUGGUUAUAAUCCAAUUAUGAUGAACUGGAACACAGGUAUAGAUUGCUGUGAAUGGAGUGGAGUCACUUGUGACCCCUCCACUGGUGACGUUAUUGGUCUUGACCUGAGCUGUGGCAUGGUGAAAGGUACUAUCCACCCUAACUCCACUCUUUUUCACCUCCCUCGUCUCCAGAGACUCAACCUUGCUUACAAUAGCUUUACUCAUUCCCAACUUCCACCUGCAAUAGACAUGCUUUCUAAUAGUCUCACGCAUCUCAACAUCUCUUCUUGUGGGUUUACUGGUCAAGUUCCCACAUAUAUUUCACACCUUCAUAAAUUGGUCUCCCUUGAUCUCUCUUGGAAUGGGAAUGGGAAACUCAAUCUUGAACCUCAUGUUUUCAUCAAUCUGCUUCAAAAUUUAACUGUUAUGAAAGAACUUUCUCUUAGCGAGGUUAACAUCUCUGCAGUUUUACCUAGUAAUCUUAAUAUCUCUUCUUCAUCUUUAAAAUUGCUAAAUCUUGGCUCCACUGGAUUGCAAGGAAACCUGCCUCGCAACAUUUUCACUCUUCAAACUUUGGAAACACUCGACUUGUCGUAUAACCGUUUGACAGGGCAUAUCCCUUCAGAGGUCCAACUUCUUCCUAAUUUGGUUUCACUUGAUCUCUCUGGGAAUGGGAUUGAUUUUGAACCUCAUAUUUUCCGCAGUCUCCUUGUAAAUUCUACUUUUUUGAGAGACCUUUGGCUUCGUGAAGUUAAUAUAGGUAUUGUUUUAUCCACUUAUCUUAAUAUCUCUUCUUCUCUAAGAAUACUCGAUCUCAGCAACACCAGCCUGCAAGGGAAGUUACCUGAUAACAUCUUAAAUCUUAAAUAUUUGGAAAUUCUUGAUUUGUCAGAGAACAAUAUUCUCUCUGGCCCAUUUCCCAAGGUUAACACAAGCACUAGCAUCCCUCUCAGGAUGUUAGUUCUCUCAGGUUGUGGUUUGAAUGGGUCCCUUCCCAAAUCCUUUGGUAACCUUAGAUACCUUGAAUUCCUAUAUUUAUCAGAUAACAAACUUUCUGGAACACUGCCUUCUUCAUUGUUUACCCUUCCUUCUUUAGACUCAAUCAUCCUAGAUAAUAACAUGUUCCAAGGAAAUAUGCCACUCGAGUUGUUUUCUCUUCAAUCUUUAAAAUACUUAUACCUUAGUAACAAUCAAUUAAGUGGCCAGAUAGGUGUGCUUGAUAAUGGCUCUGACCUCCAAACAUUUCAACGCCUUACCAACCUCACUCACCUAGACCUUUCAUAUAAUAAUUUUAGAGGUGACUGGGAGUUGGAUGCAUUGUUAUCAAGCCUCACAAACCUUCAAGUACUCACUUUGUCACAAAGUGGUAUAUCUGUUACAACCAGUAAUGCUAAUCAUUUUGUCAACCCUGAAUUUAAGGUCAUAAGUUUGGCCUCUUGUAGUCUAAAGGUGUUUCCAGUGUCCAUUAGAACCAUGACAAAUCUUCGAUACUUAAAUUUGGCCAACAAUGAUAUACAGGGACACAUUCCUGACUGGAUAGGGGAGAUUGGAAAAAUUCAGUUGUUUGUUUUGGAUCUUUCAAAUAACUCAAUUACCGGUACCAUUCCAAAUGUAUACGAGGAUUGGAGUGAGUUAGAGGGGUUUGUUUUGAAUGGAAAUCAGUUACAAGGAAAGGUGCCCACUUCUUUGUACAAAUGUCAAAAGUUGAAAAUAAUUGAUUUGGGAAACAACCAGUUAAGUGACACAUUCCCUGACUGGUUAGGAGAUCUUCCCAAAUUACAAGCUCUUGUCCUCAGAUCAAACAAUUUUCAUGGUGGCAUUGUAACCUCUUCUAAGGUUAAAUUCCCAUUUCCAAGUUUGCGAGUUAUUGACUUAUCUCACAAUGGGUUUGUAGGCCAACUCCCUACAGAAUAUUUUCAAAAUUUUAAUGCCAUGAAGAAAGUGGUAAAAAGUAACACCAAACCAGAGUAUUUGUCCACAGGUUCCAUUUAUUACUCUAUAACUAUUGUGAUGAAAGGAGUGGAACAACAUGUUCCACGAAUUUUGGUUAAGCUCACAAUCGUUGAUUUAUCGAAUAAUAAAUUUAAAGGGGAGAUUCCAUACAUCUUGGGAAAUCUCAACUCUUUAAAAGAGCUUAACUUGUCCCACAACAGUCUGAUAGGACAAAUCCCACAUGCUCUUGGGAAUAUAUCAGAAAUUGAAUCAUUAGACCUGUCUUGGAACCAACUCACAGGAGAGAUUCCACAAAGCCUUGCUGACUUGACAUUUCUUGGAUCCUUAAAUCUAUCACAAAACCAUCUCGAGGGCCACAUUCCACAACGAAAACAGUUCAACACAUUUGAUAAUUAUUCAUUUGGUGGGAACCCAAAACUCUGUGGGCUUCCGUUGACCAAAAAGUGCAGUGAGCAUCCUCAUGUACUACAACUUGAAGGUGAUAGAUAUGAAGAGGAGAGUGGAUUCACAUGGAAAGUGGUGGUGAUGGGAUAUGGGUGUGGAGCCUUACUUGGAAUGGUGUUGGGAUAUAUCAUGUUAUCAACUGGAAGACCAAAAUGGUUCAAUGCAAUUGCUGAUGUAGCUGACCAUAUGAUCUUAAACAGGCAAAACAAGAGAAGAUAAUAAAUUUAGUUCAUGAAUGGGAAAGAACUUUAUGCUGCAACUGGACCCUUUUGAAUCAUGCAGUUGUUGAGAAACUUCUGAAUUAUGUUGUAUGUUGGGUAUUUGUUAUUGUGUUGUUGUUGAGAAACUUCUGAAUCGGUAUUCAAAUUGCUCUUUCUAUAUUUUUUGGUGUACAAGUAGAAAGUAAAAGGU